AAAGCCUCCAGCAACCCAACUUCCUGAAGCGUUUCGUGACGACGUGGCGGCAAUGGCACCGCACGGUAACUUCUCGCUCGUCCACGUCAACAUUGCUGCAGCACCGGCGCUACCUCAGCGCCGAUCCGGCGGAGGCUGCUGACGUGGCGCGCGUGCUGCGCCGACGUGGCGGGUGGUGGCAUGACGCGGACGGCCAGGCGUACGUUUCAACUUCUGGAGACGAGGCGAUACAGGAGGUGACUGAUGACGUGGCAGAAGGCAUCGUUUCGCGGAGAAGGAGAAAGCUGGCAGUAGGGGAUGCGGCGGGCCCUUGCACUCCGCUCGCUGACGCCAUACUCAUUACAGUCACAACCGAAGAAGACAUUGCUAAGCGGACACAGUACCCCAACAAUCAGACCGUUAUCUUAGAAUUGGCCAACGACAUUACGCUUUCCAAGGGACUUGUUUUCGGCGCUGCGUAUCGGUGCACCAUCUUCCGGUCGGGCGCAGCUAAAGCAAACUACAAAAUUGCUUAUAUGGGGGACACGCAGCCACUGCUGCUUAUAGCGAACACCAGCAACGUGGUCAUCCUACGCAUUAAUUUCUGGAUGGGUGUAACAAUGCGGUCUCCGGAGUGUACUGAUUUCCUGUACACGGAUCUUGGGUCGGGCAACACGUGCCCUACAAUUAUGCUGUGGCGCGUGCACAACACGCAGGUCGCCAAGGGCUCUUUCUACGGGCGUAUUGAUGUCCUCCGAGCCAUGUCGUCGCGUGUUGACAGCAUGAAGGGUACCGGGUUACCACUGUUCGUCAAGUCCCCUGGCGUCAUCCGAGUGUCCUUUUCGGGGUACGGGCCUGCUCUCCUCAAGUCAUGGGUCGCGAUUACAAACAAUGAAGUGUAUGGCGUGGAUCAGCCAAUCAUUCUUCUGAACGGCGCAGUCGGGGUGAUGGUCAGAAGAAACUACAUCCACGACUUCUUAUUCGCUGGAAUUCGGUGCGGAGCAGAUGUGCACAACCAGGGGGAUUGCAUGCUGACGACGAUCAGCAACAAUCUAAUCGUCGCGUCUGGACGGAACAUGUCGGGCGAUCAAGACGCCGCGGGGAUUUACUACUGUACACAUUUCUUCAAUCCGGGGAAUGUUGCAGAGUGCAACUACAUUUUCAACGGAGACCAUUGCUAUUAUCUGGAUUACGUUUCGUCGGGAAUCAAGAUACGCGGAGGAGCGUGUGUGAACACGUUUGAUGGGAUGAAGGUCAACAACGGGAAAUGGAACGUUAUAACAGACGUGAUUAUGAAGGGGACGCAGAAUACGCCUGGUUGGGUGGCGUGCUUCACGCCCACAAGCAACAACUGCCUCACACACUCUGGGAUGUACUGGGAGCAAAUGCGGCUAAAAUACUACAAUUCACCCGCGAUAUUGAAG